AUUUGUUUAAGCAGUUGGUAUAGUCACAGCUCACAAGACACCUUAGUGUAAAAAUAUAAAAUUCUACUGGAUUGUGUGUGUUAUGAGAGGUUAAAAUCUCCUCCCGAGAGUCCUGGUACUUUUUUUUUUAACUCUUUUCAAGUUCUUACAUAAGGAUCUCUUAUUUAAUUCAAAGUCUGGAUUGUGUUUGCAAUAAUUUUGCAGGCUGUUAAUGUUUUCAUAGACACUACCUCAUUAACUGCAUUUUUGUAGUAUUUUUCAGUACUUGGACUGUUUUGGAAGUUAAGAUUGAGGUGCUGACAAUGGCUCAUUGGUUUUCAAAAGAAGAACUUGAUGAGCAGUUCGAACAAUUUCUGAAGGAGUCUCUUUCAGAUGAUUCAUUUGGAAAUUCAAAGAAAAAAUCUACCAUUCUCGAGAGACAGCCCAAGAAACGGGAAUUGAAGAAGAAAGAUCCUGUUCCAUGGUGGAUAUCUGAGGAUGAUUCUGAUGAUGGCAAAACGCUAAGGACAAAUGGAAGCUUUCUCAAAUCACAAAAGCAUUCUCAGCCUAUCGUGGAGGUGGAUGAGGAAGCUCACACAGGAAAAAUGCAGCUCCAAAAAAGUGAUGGUGUUUCUAUAUCCUUGAGUAGAGACAGCUUGGAACCUGAUGAUUCAGUUGUGACUUCUGGUCCUAAUCAAAGUAUUUUGGGAGCUGGAUUGGAUACUUUGGAGGAACAAGAAGAAAAAGAUAGAUUCUUUGCUAAACUUGAGAGAAGAGCUUCCUCUACCAUUGAUUAUUCAAGAUUAAACAAAGAGCUGGAUUCAAAUGAUUCUAUAUUGCCAGCAGCAUUUGUGUGCAAUGAACAAAAUAUAGAACAAGCAGAAAAUGAAGAUGAAUCUAAACAUGGAGAGAAAUGUGGCAAUUAUAGUGAAGAUUUUGAAGAUAAGACGGAAUCAAUUUAUCCUUCUAAAAAUGAAGAUAAUCACGUUGAGCAAACUGUCAGAUCAGAAGCUGAUCUACGAAUGCAAGAACAGAGGCCUUUUGGGGGUGGAGAAGCUACUGAGCUCUUCAGGGAAGCUUCUGGUCCAUGGAACUUUAGAAUGAAAAAGGAUGAAAAGACUGGCAUGCUUUCUAAAGUAGUAUUGCUUGAUUCACAAGACUCCAUUAUGGAAAUCCAGAAGGUGACUGAACAGCAAGAUUCAGCAGUGACUGAACAUCAGACACCUGAAGUCACUAAGGAUGAAAUGAAUGGAACUGCAGGUAUUUCCUAUGGACAAACUAACAGCGAUAUUGAAGCAUUACAUGAGGCCUAUUGUCAUAUUGAUCGGUCUCUAGGAGACACAGAUGAGCAAAGAAUUAAUUUCAGUGUAAUGGAAAAUGCAGAGUGCCCAGUCCAAGAUGCUUCCCUAAACAAUGAAGACUAUGCAAAAAACAUCUCAACUACUGAAUCAGAUUUGCCCACUGUAGAAGAAUUGAUGAAACACAUUAAACCAGAUUCAUCUCAUGCCAGAGGUUUUGACUUGGAACCUGUAAGCCCAGUGAAACUAACAGACAGCAGAGCAGCUGAAUUUGCCAUCCAUUUGCCAUUUAAAGAACCCAAAAAUGAUACAGUGCUGGAGAAGCAAAGUUUAGAUAUUUUGAAAAAUAUAUUUGAAAAAUAUAGUAAAGAAGAGAAUGUUUUUCUCCAAACACCUGCAAAAGAAGGUAGUGAAGAUAGUUAUCAAAAAAGGACUGAUAAAGAAGACCAUAUUGAUAAAGAGCAUCUUUACCUUUUGAGACAAAAAAUAGUAAAAGAUUCUGCUCUGUUGCAUCAGGACAGCAAAAUUAAUCAAGCACACCAGUCCAACUCCUGGAAGAACAAAAGUGUGGAUUCAGUGAAUAAUAAGCAAAUUACGCAAAAAAACACUAGAAGUACAGCUCUUUUACAUAAGAAGAAAUCUCUGAUUGGAACUCAUAUAGUGGUUAGAAAUUCUGGAUAUGAUAAACCUACUUCACCCUUAAAACAACUUUCCACGCCUAGUGAAAAGAGAACAUCAAAAGAAGUUCUUAAAAAGCCAAGUUUGAAAGCCAGAUCAUCUCCAAAUAAAGCAAGACAAAAAGAAACAUUAUUUGCUACUAGGAUAAUACGAUCGACAAUAAAUGAACCAGCUUCUAAAAAGGUCAACACUAUGAUUAUGUCUGGCCAGUCAGUUAUUAAUGCCCUUGGACAUCAGAUUACAGAAAGUGAUUCUUGUGUGCAGUCUCAAACUGAUUCCUCACUUUCCCCUGUCAGAAAUAGUGAGAGAGAGCUUUAUUUGCUUAAACAAGUCAUGGAAGCAGAAGAAAAGUUGAAAGUAGCACAUGAUUCAGUUCAGCAGCUAAAAGACACAUUUUCACAGAAAGAGAAGGAAAUGGAGAAUAAGAUGAUUGAAAUGAAAAUGCAACAUGAUAAAGAGCUUUUUCAGUUGAGUCAAGAAAACUAUGUACUUCAGACCAAGGUAAAUAGUAUGGAAGAGCUGAGCAAAGAAAAGAAAUGGCUUCACCUUGAGACAACAGAUGCUGUAAGUGAAGAAAAGUUAAAGCAAAUCCAAAAGGAAAUUCAAGAACAAGAGAACCUUCUUCAGGGUUAUCAACAGGAAAAUGAAAGGUUAUACAAGCAAAUGAAAGCAUUACAGUUACAAAACAAGAAAAACGAAGAAAGGAUGUUUAAGGAAAAUCAACAUUUGACAUCUGAAUUAGUAUCCUUAAGAGAACAGAUGGAUAAAAAUAACUUCCCGUCACAUUUAGAGCAGGAUUCUAAACCAACAAGAAACCAGAGCUUCACAGAACUUAUUUCAGAACUUCGAGUAGCACAGAAGGAAGAAACUAAAUUGCUGGAAGAGAUAAAACGGCUUAAACAAGACAAACAAGCUCUUGAAGUAGACUUGGGACAGAUGAAGAAAGAGAGAGAUUUGGCAAGAUCCCAGAUUGUUUCUACUUCAGGUGAAAAAUCUUAUGAGAUAAAGAUUAUAGAAGAAUCAUACAAACAGGAAAUCAGUGUUUUGAAAAAGAGACUGCAAUGGUUUGCAGAAAAUCAGGAGCUUUUGGAUAGAGAUGCAACUCGUCUUAAAGAGGCAAAAGAAGAAAUUGAGAAAUUGAAAAUACAGGUUGAUAAUCUCAGAACCGAAGCUGGGAAUCAGUCUGUGCAACAGAAGAAACGCAUCAAGGACAGAGCAGCAGAUGCAAAAAGAAUUCAAGAUCUUGAGCGACAAAUUAAAGAAAUGGAAACUAUUAUAAGAAGAAGGCAUCCAAAUUCUUUACCUGCUUUGAUAUAUGCUGCAGCAGCGGCAUCUGAAGGAGGUGGUGACAUUUCGGCUAAAUCCAAUACAGUUGAUUUCCUGGAAAAAAGAAUAAAAAAGUUAGAAACAGAACUUGAGGGUAAAGAUGAUGAAGCUAAAAAAAGUCUACGUGCUAUGGAACAGCAGUUUCAAAAAAUAAAGCUUCAGUAUGAGCAAAGACUUAUAGAGCUUGAAGAACUCCUUGCCUAUAAAUUGAUGAAUGAACCUCAAAAACUUCAUGACAACAAAGCCAGUUUCACAGCAACUGAGCAAGAACUUCAUAAUGUAAAGGAAAACCACCAGAUCGUAGUAAAAACUCUUCAAACAGAAAUUGAAAAUCUUAAAAAUCAGAAUUCCCAGAUAGAAUUCAAAAACUGUGAAAAAGACGAUGAAGACUUACAAACAAUAGAGUACCAAGUUGAACAAGCUCAUGCGAAAGCUAGGUUGGUAAGACUAAAUCAAGAAUUGAUCUCCAAAAGUAGAGAGAUACAGGACCUAACAAAAACGGUAGAGAGACUUCAAAAAGAGAGGACUACGAUGUUAUCAAAUCAGAAUUCAAGUGAGAGAACGGACGAUAAGGAAAAGUCUACUGAAAUUUUGAAAAUGGAUAUUUUAGCAACACGUAAAAGGAACGCCAGCACCAACAAUCCCUUCCCAGACACUCUUGAUGAUAAAAUAUACCAGCCACAUAAUUUUGCUGAUUCUCAUAUUUCAGAAGUUCUACAAGAAAAUGCCAAGUUAAAAGAUGAGCUAGAAAGACUGUCUCUAGAAAUGAGCCAGCAACGAGUGAAGUCUCAAGCUGAAGUGGCUCAUUCUGAAAGUAACACACGCAGGACAAAAGAAGACACAGCAGAAUACAUUGCAGCUCUAAAAGCAUCCCACCAGAGAGAAAUAGAGAAAAUUCUUUGUCAGCAUGCAAUGGAACAUUCUGCUUCUAAAGUAGCUGAACUCAACAGCAAAAUUUCAAGACAAGAAAUCUUAAUAAAACAUCUACAAGAACAAGUUAAUGAGCUGAACAGAAAUCAAGAAGCCCUUUCAGUUUCACAAAUGCGAGAAGAAAUCUUACAAAAAGAGAUGGCAAAACUGUUGGAAGAACUGAAAGAGGCUAAAGAGAGGCAAAAUCCUGAGAUGAAACACUUUUUGUGUCUAGAAAGGAAAAUCAAGUCUAUGGAACUCAGACAUGCACAAAGAGAACAAGAACUUCAACAGAUAGUGCAACAAAGCCGACAUGGUGCUGAAGUGCAGCAAACUCAAGAAGUUGAGAACUGGAAGAAACUUGCUCAAUUAAAGAAUCAAGAACUGGAGAAAUUUCAAGUGGAAUUAGAUUCAAUAUUAGAUGUUUUACGGGAAUUGCAGAAACAAGGUGUUGUUAUUCCAGUACCUGUUUCAAGUGGAUUAAAUUUACCAGAAAGAUAUUGGAAAACAUGACUGGGUAAGAACAUAUCAGAGAAGUAGAAUUUUAACCUAGGCAGCUGUGAAUAAUCCUUGCAGGUUCAGAUGUUUUUCAUAAACUAUUGGAAAUUUCACUCUUCUAAAGACAGUUUUUUACUGAACAAUUGAUGGAUCAUAUUAUGUGUUAUGAUUUUUAAUAAUUAUCUUGUUUAUGAAAUAAUCCUGAAUAAAAAAAAUGGGAUUUUUGACCCAGAUGAUUUUUCACCAUAAUCUUCCAACAGCCUGUGGAACAUUAGUGUAUCCUUUUUGAGCGAAGAUGUACAGUUCCAUUUCUUAUAGUAUAACUGAUUGCUUAGUUGUAUUCCCCUAUCUCAGAUCUUUUGUGAAGAUCUUGAAUAAUAUAGUCUGCUUUAUACAAGAAUAGCUAACACGGUAAUAUUAACUUUAUUUAUAAUUAGGGCACCAAAUCCUGUUUAUAUCUUUCAAACACUUCUCAUCUUUUCACCCAAUUCUCUUCUCUUUCCUCCCUCUCCUUUUUGUUAAUUCUCCUUCUCAAAAGCUUGGAGGACUGGGGCAAAGAAGGUGGUUUGUUUUUUUUUCCUGUGACAACAAUGACCCCAAACUAGCCUGGUCUACAGUUAAAAUUUAGAAGGAUCCAGGGAGUAUGAAAAAAAUCAUACCACUGAGUGCCGUAGUUAAGUCAACUUAAUCCCCAGUCUAGAUGCAGCUAAAUCGAUAGAAGUAUUUUGUCAACCUCACUACUGCAGCUCCAGGAGAUGGAUUACCCACAUCCACAGAAAACCUCCUUCUCUGGGUAAAGAAAGUAUCUGUGCUAUGAAACAGCUGCAGCAGUGUUGCUGUACUACUCGUAGUGUAAACAUACUUCUAGAAAACCAUUUUCUUUCCAUUUUGAGGUAUUUCCUACAAAGCAAUACCACUCAUGAUAAUGCUAUAUUUAGUAUAAUUGAUGGUAUUUGAUUGUUGGCUGAUGAAUUAUGCUAAGAGUUAAAUAAAGCUAGAGUAACUUAGUUUAUAGCGCUACAUCAGCACAUAUAUAAUGAUAGAUCAGUGCCUUUUUGGAGGGACCAUGAAGCUAUGUUUUCAUAAGUAAAAUGUGGCCAUGUGAGUGAGUGUGCAUGAUUUAAAUGAAAAGCAGUUACAUACCAAUUUAUAUCUUAGGGUGCAUCUACACUGCAGGACUUAACUUGAAAUAAGCUAUGCCAAUUGAGCUACGUCAAUUGCGUAGCUUCUUUUGAAAUAGGGAGCAUCUACAUAGCACUUAUUUUGAAUUACA